AUGCGGAGCAAGGGCAGGAAGGAGAGCCUGUCCGACUCCCGCGACCUGGACGGCUCCUACGACCAGCUCACGGGCAACCCGCCGGGCCAAACUAAAAAAGCGCUGAAGCAGCGAUUCCUCAAACUGCUGCCCUGCUGCCGGCCCAAAUCCAUCCCCUCGCUCAGCGAAAGCAAGUGCUUCUUCUUGCCUUUGUGUGUACACAAGCCCCGGGGGCUGUCGCCUGACAGCGUUGAGGAUGAGUUUGAGCUCUCCACCGUCUGCCACCGCCCCGAGGGGCUGGAGCAGCUCCAGGAGCAGACCAAGUUCACCCGCAAAGAGCUGCAGGUCCUGUACCGAGGCUUCAAGAACGAGUGCCCGAGUGGCAUCGUCAAUGAAGAAAACUUCAAGCAGAUCUACUCACAAUUCUUCCCACAGGGAGACUCCAGCACGUACGCCACCUUCCUCUUCAAUGCCUUUGACACUGACCACGAUGGCUCUGUCAGCUUCGAGGACUUUGUGUCUGGGCUAUCCAUCAUCCUGCGGGGCACCAUUGAUGACCGCCUGAACUGGGCCUUCAACCUCUAUGACCUGAACAAAGAUGGCUGCAUCACCAAAGAGGAAAUGCUGGACAUCAUGAAGUCCAUCUAUGACAUGAUGGGCAAAUACACCUACCCAGCCAUGCGGGAUGAAGCACCCCGGGAGCACGUGGAGAACUUCUUCCAGAAAAUGGACCGAAACAAGGACGGCGUGGUGACAAUCGAGGAGUUCCUGGAGUCCUGCCAGAAGGAUGAGAACAUCAUGCGGUCCAUGCAGCUCUUCGACAACGUGAUUUAG